UUGGAUUCAGGAUCUGCAGAUUCUCGCCUGAUAAAUCAUUGCGCAUGCGUGGUCGUCGCCACCAAUCCCGACUAUCGCGCAUGCGCCAAGUAGCAGAGGCUGACAACGACCGGACAAAGGUUUGAAAUGGCAGAACACUUGCGCAUGGGAAUCUCAAACACAACAACACAUCAGUUUUGCUGAAUGACUGGAUAUUUAAGGAGUGACCAAAUAUUUUCUUUGCAACACCAACACCUCUGUUGUCGAUCCACGGAGAUGAAGAAUUAUCUCAUAACAUCUGGUAAUGUGUUCUGUCACUGAAAUCAAGCAUUCUCUUGUAACUCAGUGAAAUCCACUUGAACUGGGGUGCUGAGAACACACCAGCAUUUGUUCACUGGAGAUCAGUUCUUCUACUGCAUUGAUUGUAGAAGGGAUUCAAACGUCUGACUGUCUGAAUUGCAGAGAAUUGAUCGCAGUGAGAUAUCAUUCUCCUUCUCUCAGUGUGGGAGGGGAUUCACUCACAGCCUACCCACAGACACGCCAGUGAGUUCACAGUGGGGAGAGGCCAUUCACCUGCUCUGUGUGAGGGAGGGGAACUACUCAGUCAUCCAGCCUGAAGAUACAUCAGCAAGUUCACACCACAGUGAGAUGCUCCACCUGUUCUGACAGCGGGAAGCAAUACAUUCUGUCAUCGAUGCUGAAGAUAUAUCCUAAAGUUCACCAGUGAGAGGACAUUGACCUGCUCGGAUGGUGGGAAGACAUUCACACGCUCAACCAGACCACAGUGACACCAAUGAGUUCACACCGGGGAGAAGCCAUUCACCUGCUCUGAAUAGGGGAAGAUAUUCACUCAUUCGUCCACACUACAUAGACACCAGCGAGUUCACACUGGGGAGAGCCCAUUCACCUGCUCAGACUGUGGGAAGAGAUUCACUCAGUCGAUUCACCUGCUGCAACGUCAGUUAGUUCACACUAGGGAGAUGCCAUUCACAUGCUCAGACUGUGGGAAAGGAUUCACCCAGUCAUCUCAACUGAAGGAGCAUCAGCGAGUCCACACUGGGGAGAAGCCAUUCACUUGCUCUGAAUGUGGGAAAGGAUUUGCUCGGUCAUCUGAACUGAAGGUACAUCAGCGAGUUCACACUGGGGAGAGGCCAUUCACCUGCUCAGACUGUGGGAAGGGAUUCACUCACUCGUCCAACCUGCACAGACACCAGCGAGUUCACACUGGGGAGAAGCCAUUUAUCUGCUCUGAAUGUGGGAAAGUAUUUGCUCAGUCAUCUGAACUGAAGUCCCAUCAGCGAGUCCACACUGGGGAGAAGCCAUUCACUUGCUCAGAAUGUGGGAAAGGAUUCGCUCGGUCAUCUGUACUGAAGUCACAUCAGCGAGUUCACACUCGGGAGAUGCCAUUCACCUGCGCAGACUGUGGGAAGGGAUUCACUCACUCGUCCAACCUACAGAGACAUCAGCGAGUUCACACUGGGGAGAAGCCAUUCACAUGCUCUGAAUGUGGGAAAGGAUUCGCUCAGUCAUCUGAACUGAAGUCACAUCAGCGAGUUCAUAUGGGAGAGAAGCCAUUCACCUGCUCUGACUGUGGGAAAGGAUUUGCUCGGUCAUUUGAACUGAAGCUACAUCAGCGAGUUCACACUGGGGAGAGGCCGUUCACCUGCUCUGACUGUGGGAAGGGAUUCACUCACUCGUCCAAUCUACACAGACACCAGCGAGUCCACAGUGGAGAGAAGCCAUUCAUAUGCUCUGAAUGUGGGAAACGAUUUGCCCAGGCAGCUCAACUGAAGUUACAUCAGCGAGUCCACACUGGGGAGAGGCCGUUCACUUGCUCUGAAUGUGGGAAGGGAUUUGCUCAGUCAUCUGAACUGAAGGUACAUCAGCGAGUUCACACUGGUGAGAGGCCGUUCAGCUGCUCAGAAUGUGGGAAAGGAUUCAUUCGUUCAUCUCAACUCCUGAGACACCAGCAAAUUCAUACUGGGGAGAAACCAUUCAUCUGCUCAGAAUGUGGGAAGGGAUUCACCGAUUCAGUUCAUCUGAAAGAACAUCAGUUUGUUCACACUGUGGAGAGGCCGUUCACCUGCUCAGACUGUGGGAAAGGAUUCAUUCGGCGUUUUAGUCUAUUAACGCACCAGUUAGAUCACAGUGAGGAGAAACCAUUCAUAUGCUCUGAAUGUGGGAAAGGAUUCACACAGUCAUCUCAACUGAAGGAGCAUCAGCGAGUCCACACUGGGGAGAAGCCGUUCAUCUGCUCUGAAUGUGGGAAGGGAUUUGCUCAGUCAUCUCAACUGAAGUUACAUCAGCGAGUCCACACUGGGGAGAGGCCAUUCAACUGCUCUGAAUGUGGGAAAGGAUUCAGUCGUUCUUCUCAACUCCUGAGACACCAGCGAAUUCACACUGGGGAGAAACCAUUCAUCUGCCCAGAGUGUGGGAAGGGAUUCACCGAUUCAGCUCAGCUGAAAGAACAUCAGUUUGUUCACACUGGGGAGAGGCCAUUCACCUGCUCAGACUGUGGGAAAAGAUUCAGUCGUUCAUCUCAGCUCUCGAGGCAUCAGCAAAUUCACACUGGGGAGAAACCAUUCUGAGGAAAUGCGGAUAUAUAAAAAAUUAUUUUGAACCUAAGUAACCUCUAGAUAAAAGAAUAAUUGGGACUGAACAGGAAUUUUUGAACUAAAGUAAACUCUGUCUUCAGCAGUUAAGAAACUCAAUGGCUUAUACUGGUUU